AUGCAGAGGUCAAUACUAAGUUUUUUCUCCAAAGUCUCUGGUGAAAAAAAGGAGUCACAUGCGGUCGGAUCUUCUCUCAGCUCUGAUAAUGUGGGGACUUCAUCUAAGACAUCAACUAACGUUAAUGCGGAUGAGGAUUCUUCACUCAGGGUGACUCGUCAUAAGAAAAGGCGUCUCGUGUUUGAUUCAAGUGAUGAUGAAAAGGAGGAUUCUUCUUGUGACAUAUCCGAUCUUUCUCAGAAAAAGUCGAUUGCGAAUCUGUAUUCAUGUCCAAACAAAAGAUUUGCUAGAGAUUUAACGAAUUCACCGAAACUUUCCUCUUUGCCAGCUGGAUCAAAAUCCCGUUCUGUUGGACACAUCAAGAAGUGUUACUCAGGAACUCCAAACGAUACCUUUGCCAUGGCCUCAUGUUUUGGAUUGGGCCCGAAUGAUGGAAGUAGGAGUUUUGCUUGGCCGCAUCUCACUUACCAAUUUUUACUACCCGACCGUAUUAAAGAUGCUUUUGGGCGUUGUCCUAGCCACCCUGAUUACGAUCCAAGGACUCUAUUUGUCCCGGAAGACUUCAUUCGAAAGCAGUCACCCGCUCUACGCCAGUGGUGGAUUCUAAAAUCACAGAAUUUCGACACUUUAUUGUUCUUCAAGAUGGGGAAGUUCUACGAACUCUACCAUAUGGAUGCUGUCAUUGCUGUAGAAGAAUUAAAAUUAACCUACAUGAAAGGAGAAUUUGCACAUUCUGGAUUUCCAGAGAUCGCCUUUCAGCGAAUGGCGGAUCAUCUCCUCCAUCGUGGUUACAAGGUGGCUCGAGUGGAGCAAACAGAAACCCCAGAAGCUAUGGCUAAACGGAUAAGUGGUCACUCAGGCGUUGAUAAAGUUGUCCGUCGGGAAAUCUGUCAGGUUAUCACUCCGGGUACUUGGUUUGCGCCUCUGCGCAAUGGGAUUUCCUCAGAUAACGCCCUUGAUGCACCUUGUACAACGUCCUCUCAGUCUGCUAACUAUCCAGAAAUGGAAACUGACCUUAGUUUCAACCGCUAUCUUCUAGUACUUCUCGUAGGGUCAGACAGUGAGAGAUCAGAAACUCAGCUGGGUAUCGCUCUUUUGAAAGCAGCUACUGGAGAAAUCAUGGUAAGUUCCCCUCCACUUUUCUGCAGGCUCUUUCAGCAUUUGCUCCAAUUUUUAGCUUAG